GGUACUGCCAUGUUCAGGUAUGGAUAAAUAUCAAGAUUUUGUUAGCAUCUCACAUUUUCACUCGAUUGAAUAAAACUGAUCAACUAUUAUUAUUUUUGAAUGACAAAACAUCUUACUGAUAGCGCUCACUUUACUUGGCAUCCAAACACACCAUAAAUCCCUUUUACAAUAAUGUAAAUAAUGAAAGAUAUAUUUCCAACAGUAAAACGCCUCGCCCUCACGAGUACAUCAAUGUCAAAGACCUUCCAGCUUCUUGGGAUUGGAGAAACGUUGAUGGCAAGAACUACGUGAGUGUAACACGUAAUCAACACAUCCCACAAUACUGUGGUUCAUGUUGGGCGAUGGGAACCACCAGUGCCUUAUCUGACAGAAUUAACAUUCAGAGGAAAGGCGUGUGGCCAGUGAAUUAUCUUUCCGUUCAAAAUGUCCUUGAUUGUGGUAUGUUGCUUUAAUUCCUUUGCAAACACUUACUGCGCCCUGACUGUAUCCAAUUCGGUGAUCAGACAUCUCAUUGUUUUGAACGUCAUGUUCAAAACAAAAGUCUGUCUGACGUCCAUACCAUCCAUCCAGUCAAGGACAACUAGAGAGAAUAAUGACCUCCAGUUGCUUUCAUUUAUACACUCGAACCUGUGUUAGGCCACUGGUUAAUUAAGCGGUCACUCUCGUAUUGGGGAUUUCGUAUUUUAUAGUAACCGUUUAAUACAGGGUGACCGCCCAAUGCAGGUCCAAGUACCACGCUUAAAAAGGGCUUUGCUGAUUUAUACAAAAAACAAGAGAACUACCAGAGCCCACCGUUGUGGCGUGCUAAGUUUGGUUUGGCUUAAACAAAUUUGUGGCAAAAUCUGUCAAGUGGCAAUGCCAUUAUAAUCUCAUUUUGCUAAGUCGACAUGACAUUCUUCAGUUAUCAGCAAAAGACCAGCCAAACUUGAUCUCAAAUGCUCAGUUCACUCUGGUUCCAACGGCCUUUGAGACAACACAAAAGGAAAAAGGUCCCUUGCUUUCACCCUGAUGUUGUUUCUCCAGCUUUUCUAGGGCCCUUGCGUCCACGAAACCGCACUUUCCGUCAGCCAAUCAGUGGCCACAAAGGAUUUGCGUGAUUUAUUGAUAAGAGUAUAAUGAUUAAUGAUUACUUAUUCCAGGCAAUGCAGGUUCAUGUGAAGGAGGCAGUAUGAUCCCAGUGUAUGCAUACGCACAUACUGAGGGUAUUCCAGAUGAAACGUGUAAUAACUAUCAAGCCAAGGAUCAGGACUGCGAUAAGGAACAUCAAUGCAAGACUUGCUCUCAUUCUGGUCACUGUUAUUCCAUAGCCAACUACACUCAUUUUAAAGUGAGCGAGUACGGUAAGCAAUAAUAGCUUGGUGGAAAACGUCACUGACGUUUAUUGAAGACGAUGUCACAUCGAACGAUUUGCUACGAAGAUUUGUAAUGCAAAUCUCACGCGAAAUUAAUUGGUUCGACCUGCAUGAUCCGCUAGCCUGGAUCCAAUUAGCCUUGCGGUUUCGAAACUCGGCUUUAGGCCUGUUUUCCACUAGGGAAUUUUCUCACGCGAAGCGACCUUUUUCCUUUGUCGGUAUCACUUAUUAUACGUCAGCAAGACGCGGCAAAAUGGAUGCCGACAAAGGGAAAAGGUCGCUUCGCGCGAAACAGUUCGCUAGUGGACUGAACCGGCUUUAAACCGACUAUCUGCAAAUUUUGACACAACGUUGGUUGUGUUACAAAGUUCUUCCAACUUAUUUCGUGUUGGUGGGUAGCUGCACUUCUUUGAUUAUUCAUUGUUUUAUACUGAUUUUAAUGGACCUAGCUAUUACCUAUAAAUGAACAAAAUUUUGAUUUAGACAAGUCCAACCUCGUUCCCAGGGCUUUCCCUGGGAACGAAUGUUGAGACAAGUCUAGACAAAAAUUUCAUCACGGCUUUGAAGAGCAUCACAAAAUUAUUAUAAUGUAGCCCUGCGAAGUUUGCCGUUUUUCAGUCAUUUUGUACUGCGCACGGGAAAUUGAUACCUUUCAGAAAGCGGUAUCAAUUUCCCGUGCGUAAUACAAAAUGACUGAAAAAACGGCAAACUUCGCAGGGCUAUAUUAUCCGCAUUUAAUUUUACAACAUUUCGCAACGAAACUUCGUAAUAUUACUAAUUUUGUGAUGCUCUUUCAAGCUGUGAUGAAAUUUUUUCUAGACUUGUCUAGAUCAAAAAUUUGUUCAUUAGGUAAUAGGUUUUUUUGGUAUUGGAAUCGUCAUCAUAGUCUAUAUGCACAGCCGUAAAAACAACACGGCGUUAUCAAAAGAACCAUUAUAAAAAGGAGAAAGCGACCGCACACGCUAUUGAGUAUUGUUACUUUACUUAUGAAGAUUCAAAUUGCAUUAUCUAGAAAAACGUUUACGGGAAACUGUAAACUUAUUUUCUUGUUUAUCUGGAAUAUAUUUAGUCGAGCAGAACAAGAAAAGUUUUAGGUAAACACCCACCUAACGUAAAAUACGUAAUCAGCAUUUCUCUGGCUUUCUUCUACAUCCAAGAUUUGUUGUGCAAUGUUAUCUAAAUUCGUAUAGUGACCUGAAUCUAACUUGAAAGAAAUUCUUUUCACCCUAUGCAAAGUCAUAUCAUGUUAAAUCCUUUUCCCGUUAUUUCAAACCAGGUCGCGUUAACGGUCUAGAUAAGAUGAAAGCAGAAAUUCACCAACGUGGUCCUAUUGCUUGUGGAAUCAUGGCCACACCCAAGUUAGAUGCCUAUCAAGGUGGGAUAUACUCAGAAUACAACGAAGAUAUUGGUAUCAACCAUGUUGUAUCUGUGGCCGGGUGGGGUGUGGAGAAUGGUACUGAAUACUGGAUUGUUCGCAACUCCUGGGGGAGGCCCUGGGGAGAGAAAGGAUGGUUGAGAAUCGUUACAAGUGCGUACAAGCAAGGCGAAGGAGAUAAAUACAAUCUCGGUAUUGAAAGUGGAUGUGCCUUCGCUGUUCCCAUUAUUCCAUCUGGAAUGAAAAAUUAAGCGGAGAAACUCCAUGGACCGUUUGCAAAAUGAUUCGAUUUGGUUUACUAAAAUAGAUUAUUAUUAAGUAUUUUUUGGUUAAUUAAUUGUGAACAUUUGUGUACAACUAAAAUAAAUAGGUUAUUUUAACUAAUUGCUUUGGUCAUGCGAAUUCAUUAGCAGGUUAUUGCAGUUUAAUAGGUUGUUAUAGCCAAUUAAUUAAUAAUUCAUACAUUUCAUUGCAAAUCAUGUCAACCAUUGAGGAGUUAAAUUAUAAGCCAAUAAUAAUUGCUCAAAACAGUUAUAGGCAAUAUUGGUUCAGUCAUAAACUUUAUUAAGAAAAAUGCACAAUUAUACACAAUUACACUGACCAUAUAUACUAUAUAUAACACUGUACAAUCUCGACAAUAAAUUGUUUAUUACAGCCAUUCAAUUUCUACGUACAGCAUACAUGCAUGCAGGAACCACACCACCAGGGGGAGGAGGUUGGAUGGCUACUUAAGGGAAUGAAUAGUGAACAUCUCUAACAUUCAAUUAGGGAGUGGUCAUUAUUUAUGGGGAGGGGGGGGUUGGGAAAUGGGGAAAAUAAGGAUUGAAAACGUUUUUGACCCCCCUCCAGACUGAAGGCAAACUUUUUGUGCCUCCCCCCUCAUAAAAGUAAAAACGUUUCUGACCCCCCCCCUCCCAGUGUGGAUUGAAAAAUUAACAGCAAUGAAACAGGUGUGCGUUGCAGCUAAAGUUAAAUAUUAGGACAAUUUAUUUAAUCUAGCUCAUGAUGUUUUACCCUGGUGAAUAUGAUUCAACCAUAUAUGAUUAAAAAAUAUAUAUUAUGUGUUACUACUUUGCAAUGCAACAUUUGUCCUACCCUAACCCUAACCCAUGACCCGUCUUCAUACAGCGAAAUUAUUUGAACACAGGGUUUUUUUAAGAACUUGUCUGGGGGGUCAGGGUGGGCAUCUACAAAAAGGGACCAUACUAUAUUGAGUGUGGAGAGAUGACAGAUGGUUGUUGGUGACAAAAAGUUUGGUGUAGUAUCGUAUGUACUAGUAGGGGGGUCUGGGGGUAUCCUCCCCCAGAAAAUUUUUUGUAUUUUUCCACCCCUAGAACUGAAAUGUGAGCAUUUUCUGAAACAGAUUUUUGGAUAUACAGCAUUACAUUGUGCGUUGAUAGACCGAAUCUGAUCAGUUAUUAAAGUGUACUUGCAUGGUAUGUUUAUGUAAAUACCACAACUGGGUCACUCACUUAGUGGGCCCGACUCCCAUUAUCGUGAGACGCUACCAUGGUUGGCGCCGAGCAGGAAAAUUUUGAAAAUUUUGAGUCUCUAGAUCGUUGGAAAUAGCAUUUUCAGAGUCUUCUUUUUUGCUAUUUGUGAUUAUAGAAAUCAGAACUCUAGACAUGGUAUUUCAGUUCAAAAACUUUUAUUACCCCUCCCCCCUUUCUCUGUGUUAAAACUUUCUUGACCCCCCUAUUUAUAAGGGUAAAACUUCGCUUGCCCCCCCUCCCAUUUCCCAACCCCCCCCCUCCACAUAAAUAAUGACCACUCCCUUAAGAACAUUGCAUCUAUAGGAGCUAUGUAGAACCAUCAGCUACACGUCAUAAACUUAGUGCAUGUGAAGGCAAGUAUAGUGUUUGAAUUGACUUUGUUGCAACAAUCGGAUACUCGCUCCCACUUUGUGGUUUAUAAGGUUCAAAUUUAAGAUGUUAAAAUACACUUAUCUGGUGUAAAGUAGAAACAUAGUUAUAAGUCAUAACACUUAUUCAUACCUGAUUUGCAGAUUGCAUUUAAAUUCUGCACAGGGAGGGGGAGUUGAGGACAAUGGAAAUUUCAGGGGAAGGGUGUAAGAAAGGCCUUGGAAAAUCCAGGGGUAGGGGUGAUUAGAGACCAUAUUAAAAUCCAGGCCGUAUGGUCUACGAUUAAAGCUAUUUUCCAGGGAAGGGAGUAUAUAAACUGAAUUCCAGGUAAAUAGAUGUCCUCAACCCCCCAUGUGCAAAAUAAAUGCAAUCUGCCAUUUUGGUGUCAGUGAUGUACCAGCUGUGAUUCAAAUCCUGCUGAUGUCAUUUUGGGAAUGGAAACGGGUUGAUUUAUUUACUAAACAACUUAGAGAAAAAAAGUUAAGGUGAAUAAGUUGCCGCAGGCUUCUAACAACGAGCAAGUGGUCUAGUGGUAAAGACUACAGUAUAGACUGUCUAAUGGACAAGUUGUGGUUCAAAUCCUAUAGAAUUCAUUCAUGAUUUGGGGCUGGUCAUUCUAGUACGAUCAUUUUCACGGCUUAAUAUAACCGCGUCAACAGUUAAAAUGUUCGAAGUCGUUCAGAUUGUUCUGUAUGAUUUCACCAACUAUGGCUUAAGGGUUGUUCCGAAAUAAAGAUAAGUUCUUUCAACACUCAAAUAAAGUUUAAUAAUGUAUGCUUUGGCUCAAAUACAAGAAACGGAAGUAACAUUGUUUUCUGCCGUUGCUGUUGUGCUGUAAGUUCCCAAACUCACUAUUGUUGUAAAUAUAUGAACACGUUAGCAACUCAGUGUAAAAAAAUAAAAGAGAAAUGUUUUGCCUGU